AAUGUCGAAUAGUGUGGUUACUGGUAAAAUGCCAAUCAAAAUCCACUUGGUUACAUUGCUGGUGAUAUUAGUAGGAAGCCGUGCGCAAGCAGAGGAAUCUCGUAUCAUCAACGGAGAGGACGCCGAGCUUGGCCAAUUCCCGUACCAGGCCAAGCUAAUAAUACAAACAGAUCAAGGUCGUGCCCUGUGCGGUGGAAGCCUAAUAAGCGAAGAAUGGGUAUUAACUGCAGCACAUUGUGUGGAAAGUGCUCGUUCUGUCGAGGUAACUCUAGGUGCAGUGGAUUUAAAUGACCAAGGAAAUGAUGGAAGAACUGUCCUCAACUCAACGGAAUAUGUUCGUCAUCCCAAUUAUCAAGCGUCAUCAGCUUCGAAUGAUGUUGCCGUGGUAAGACUUCCAGAGAGGGUUACCUACAGUGAUCGGAUUCAGCCGGUGAAGCUGCCUACCGGACACGACGACUACAAUCGUCGGUUGGCUUUGGUCAGCGGAUGGGGUAAAACGAGAGAUAUGGGCGGAGUUGCUCAAAAGCUACAAUAUACUACCCUGACGGUUAUUCGAAACAACGAGUGUUCGCUUUUCUACGGUCCCGGAACAAUUCAACCGACAACACUCUGCUGUCGCGGAGCAAAUCGACGAUCUACGUGCAACGGUGAUUCCGGUGGACCGCUCGUUUUGGAGGAUGAUAAAACCCAGAUUGGUGUGGUUAGUUUUGGAAAUGUAAUUGGUUGCGAGAAAAUGUUCCCGGUAGGAUUCGCCAGACUGACGGAAUUCACGGAUUUCAUUAGAGAAACGACUGGCGUCGAAGCUAUGAGAGCACCCGUAAGGAACCAUGUCUCAAAUUUUCUGUUACUAAACAUGCCGAACCGGAACUAGGGUAUAAUUUGAACGUGUUUGUUAGAGAUAGUGACGUAUUUUUAUGUGAGUGGACUAGAUUCCCUUGCAUUAUGUCAUGAGAUGUUUUUGUUUUAUUUUUAACACAAACGUUGAUGAAACUUUUAAUAAAUCGAAAUCUUUCAGUUCUUUGUAAACAAUAAAGUGGUAAAAAAGGUUUUUGUGCGAUAAUGUCCCAACCAGAUUUUCAAAAUAUAAAUAAAAACAAAAUAUUUAAGCUUUUAAAAUUGAAAUUCUACCCAGAACCACUUGCACA